AUGUAUUACAAUAGUACUAUUACACCCAGUGUGAAUUAUUCCAGAACUGUGGAAUUUAAUGACACGGAAUGGAUUUCCACUACCUCUACUGGGCCAGUCACGAAUCGGACAACACAAACGGCAACAUUGGUCACCCCAACGAUGCUUUUGGAGGCGGUAACAUAUGGGUCGGGUGAUUCAGCGACAACGCAUACAGGCAAGGGACAGGCGUUUGUGUACGCUGUAGUCGGGAAACUAACAUCGACGGCGCAGACAUUAACGACAGAACAUUUAACGCAGUAUGUACCAGUUUCCAUGACAACAAAUGAAUCAUGUUACGACUGUCAGGCGGAGGAGGAUUUCUGGCUAGUCUACCCUCCGAUAUGGUCGGUGUUUAUUUUAGUAUCUACUUUAAUUGUGAUUAUCUUAACUACUAUGGGAAAUGUGCUCGUUAUCGUAGCGUUCAGCAGGGAGAAAAAACUACGUAGUUUUUCAAACUUCUAUAUUCUGAAUCUGUCCAUGGCGGAUCUCCUGAUUGGUAGCUUUGCGAUACCAAUGUGUGUGCCGUAUGUACUGCUUGGUAAAUGGGUGAUGGGUCCAGCUCUUUGCAAACUCUGGGUCAUGAUUGACUACACCUUAUGCACAUCGUCUUUGUUCAGUGUCGUCUUGAUCACAUUCGACAGGUACCUUUCUGUCACACGUGCAAUAAAGUAUAGAACACAGACAACGAUUAAAGGCACUGUAAUGAAGAUGUCGUUGGCCUGGAUUAUUCCCUUACUGUUUUAUGGUACUACAGUCAUUGGCUGGGAAUAUUACACUGGAAUAACUGUUCCCGGUGAUCAAUGUUACGCUGCAUUCGCCGAUAACUUUCCAUUGACUUUCGCGCAAACUGUUCUAGAAUUCUUUUUACCAUUGAUAUUAAUAUUUUAUUUCAAUAUCAGCAUAUUUGUAAAUAUUCGCAAACGGACGAAACGGUCCAUCAAAAAAGUUCCCAUGCCGGCGUUUUCAUUCAACGCCUCUAUAAAGAUUUCAAACGAAAGUGAGUCGUCGCAAAUCAUCGGACGAAAUAGUUCAUUAACGCAUCAAGAUAGCAAAGUCAAGUUAUAUAUUGAAAGUGAAAAAGACGACAUCAUCAGCUGUGGGGAAAUAGACAAUGAAGAUCAUGCUAACAUCAACUCAGACGAAAAGGAACAGCAUACGGCAUUGCUCCCAAGACAGACACUCCAAGUACCUGGCAAGUAUGAGGAAAUCCAAAUGAACAGUUUAAACAAGACACCUGAUGGCCAAACGCCCUCUACUUUGCUUCCAAAUAAUAACAAAGAAUAUAGAAGUUGUCUGUCUCCAAAAUGCAAAAUAAAAAAUGGAGGAGAAGCAGUGCGCAGACCUUCUGCAUUGAGUGUGACAAUAACUGAACCUGAGCUGAAUAAUACAGGAACGACGGCCACAGCGGGCGCUCUGUCCACACCUGAACACAAAGCAGACGGUGAAUCACGGGUACAUAUGGCCAAAUUGUCUGCAUCAUCCCAUCAGGCUGUGCGUCGGAAGCUCUCACGUGACAAAAAAUUGGCCAAGUCCUUGAUUAUCAUCGUGGGGGCUUUUGUACUUUGUUGGACUCCUUACCAAAUUUUAAACUUGGUACAAAGCCUUUGCGGAGGUGAUUGCAUCAACACUACAUUAUACGACUUUUCUUUCUGGAUUCUUUGGUUGAAUUCCACCCUUAACCCAUUGCUGUACCCAUUCUGCAACAACCAGUUUAAAAUGGCGUUUAAGAAAAUUCUCUGUCGGCGAAAGUUCAAACGAAAUCGCCAAGCCUACACACUGAGAGAGUGCCAUAGCACGACAAUAACAGUUCCAAAUCGUUUUGGACGCAAUUACAGCGAGACGACAUCUGGAAUUAUAAAUUACAGUUAA